GCGAACUUGCUCUGUAGCAGGAAGCGCAUUGUCUGCCUCUCGUAUAGCCAAGCUGCAUUUGCUUCUCCUGCUUGCGAAUUACCGGCAACUGGAUACGCCAGAUGAAGCCGACCGGACAGCACAAUUUACUUCUGCUACUCAUCUGUGUCUCCGUGAAAGGUGGCCUGGGAUCCAAAGGUGAAGACCGUUUGUUUAGGAAACUGUUUCGCCGCUACAAUCAGUUUAUCAGACCGGUAGAGAAUGUUUCUGAUCCCGUAACGGUUGAGUUUGAAGUAUCCAUUUCCCAGCUGGUGAAAGUGGACGAAGUAAAUCAGAUAAUGGAGACCAACCUUUGGUUAAGGCAUAUAUGGAAUGACUACAAGUUGAGGUGGAAUCCAGUUGAAUUUGAUGGCAUUGAGUUCAUACGAGUUCCAUCCAAUAAGAUAUGGAGGCCUGACAUUGUACUUUAUAACAAUGCUGUUGGUGACUUUCUCGUUGAGGACAAAACCAAAGCUUUGUUGAAAUAUGAUGGCACAGUGACUUGGAUUCCACCUGCUAUUUUCAAAAGCUCUUGUCCAAUGGACAUCACCUAUUUUCCAUUUGACUAUCAAAACUGCUCGAUGAAAUUUGGCUCCUGGACUUACGAUAAGGCUAAAAUAGACCUUGUGCUAAUUGGCUCCAAAGUAAACCUGAAAGAUUUUUGGGAGAGUGGUGAAUGGGAAAUCAUAGAUGCUCCGGGGUAUAAGCACGAUAUCAAGUACAACUGCUGUGAGGAAAUCUAUCCAGACAUCACCUACUCCUUUUACAUCAGAAGACUUCCACUUUUCUAUACCAUAAAUCUUAUUAUCCCCUGCCUGCUGAUCUCGUUUCUAACAGUUCUCGUGUUUUACCUCCCUUCUGACUGUGGAGAAAAAGUCACCCUGUGCAUCUCAGUGCUUUUGUCUUUGACUGUGUUUUUGCUUGUGAUCACCGAGACCAUUCCCUCCACCUCUUUGGUGAUCCCACUUAUUGGCGAAUAUCUUCUGUUCACAAUGAUAUUUGUGACACUUUCAAUUGUGAUAACCGUCUUUGUUUUGAACGUUCACUACAGGACACCAAUGACCCAUACCAUGCCGGAAUGGGUCAGGUCUGUCUUUCUCUGUAUCUUGCCUCGAAUUAUGCUGAUGAGAAGGCCUAUGGACCAGCCACCAGGGAAGUCCAGCAAUAAGAAGAGAAAAAACAGCAUGUCCCAAUCGGGAUCCAAGAAUUGCAUGGAGUUUGGAGAAAGUAAGCUAUCCACCGAGCAGAAAAAGUGUCCAUGUAAACAUUCUAAGGAGCACACAGAACCCGAUUCCAGCAAGCUGAGCAGACAGCUGAAUCCACAACCUCUUAAUACGGUGGUCGCAUUCUCCGUUGUCUCCCCAGAAAUCAAACAGGCUAUUGAAAGUGUGAAAUACAUAGCGGAAAACAUGCGGAGCCAGAAUAAAGCAAAAGAGGUUGAAGACGACUGGAAGUACGUGGCUAUGGUGAUCGACCGGAUCUUUCUGUGGGUGUUUGUAUUGGUUUGUCUUUUGGGAACUCUGGGAUUGUUUCUCCAGCCUCUGAUAGGCUUUCUGAGAUAAUAUGUCAAGUGUUGUACUUUCUCUUUAGUGAUACGCAUCUCCAUGACGCUUGAUGACAAGAGACUGCUGCGGAGAAAAGGGAUUUUUUUGAGAAAAUGAAAAAUAAGUCUCAUUCUCACUGGUGUUCAUGUAAACUCAAUGUCCAUCACGCUCUAAUUUGUUAGAAGUGUCUUUUAGAAAGAGUUGUAUUGUAAUGACUGCUCUGUAAAGCACACCCCACAUUUACUUGAAUACAAAAAUGCACUUCCUAUACAACUUUCAGUCUAAGACUUAGAAAGGUUGAGAGAUGAAUCAAUGGCUUAUUUUUUACACAUGGCUUUGCUGUUUCGAGAAGUAUUAAGUACAAAACAGAACAUGAUAUAUGCCUUUACUAACCUAUUGACUUUGAAUCUUUGAAGGUUUUGAUCUAAGGUGCAAUGCUUAUUAUUUUAUUAUGUCAUUCUCCCAUUAAACAUCUGAGGUUCUUUGCUAUAUGGAGGAUAAGAAGAAAUGUCCACCACAACUUUGGAAUUAUUACCUGUUACCUCUUUCCUGUUUCACUGUCCUGCUGCAUCCCGUGAGUUCCACCUACAGAACCUCUAUGAUGGGUUGCUCACUGACUUGGCUGUCUUUCGUUUCAAACCUCUACUUCAACUCACCAUUAGAGGACUUCACAAAGAUGUCCUCUUGUGCUCUAACCUAGAAGCACUUUGACGGAGAGACUUUCUUUAGGCUUUCACUCACAAACUAUAUUUAUUUAAAUCUAAACCAGUAAGCAAAAGUACAAAGUGACACUUACAGUGGUGUGCAAAAGUAUUCAAACCCCUAGAAAAGUCAUUCUAAUGCCUGACAAAAGAUUUGUCUACAUAUUUAUCCAUUCAGUAUUUUUAAAGUGAACUCUUAUGCUGUAAAAUACAUUUCCAAAAUCAAACAAAAACAUUUUCUGUAAAUAUUUAACUGAAGAAGAACUCCAAAGUUCAUGUUUCCAUAAGUAUUCAAGCUCUUCACAUUCACACUUUGUCAAGAACCCUUUACAGCAAUAAGCCUUCAUUCAUUUGCGGUAUAUAAGUAUGUCUCAGUUUUGCACUUUGUUCACUUCCCCAUUCUUCUUGGGAUACCCUCUAGGUUGGUGGGAUGGCUCCUCUGGACAGCAGUUUUCAAAUAGUGCCACAGAUUCUCAAUAGGUGUAAGAGGUGUGAGGUCUUCGACUUGGAUAUUCCAAAACAUUCCCCUUUCUGUUUCUGAGCCAUUCCAGUGUCGUUUUGGCCUCAUGCUGAGGGUCCUUGUCCUGUUGAAAGAUUAAUCUUCUCCCGAGCUGCUGGUUCAUAGCAGACUAUUAGUUCUGCAUUAUUGUGUGUUAUUUGUGCCAUCCUUUGUCCCUUCAACUCUGACAAGAUUCCCAGUACCAGGAUUACCACAGCCUGAUUCUGCUGCCACCACCAUAUUUCACUGUAGGUAUGGUGUUUAUUGAGGUAUGGACAGUGGUAGUUUUAUGCCACACAAACCUCUUUGAAUUCAGGCCAAAAAGUUCUUUUUGGUCUCAUGUGACCAGAAAAUCUUCUACCACAUCUUAACGGGUCUUUCUCAUGCUUUGUAGCAAAUGUCAUAUAUGCUUUUAUGUGACCUCCUUAAGGAAUGGCUUCUUUCUUGAUAAAGAGCUUUAUAUUUAUUUGUGAUGUUUACCCCUAGG